AUGAAACUCCUCAUAUUUUUGCUGGUUUUAGUCCCUCUGAGUUUUUGCGUUGUGGGUCCAAUUACCGAUUAUGAUGGUGAGACCAGAGAACAGAAUCCAGUAUAUUGCUACGAAGUUGGAAGAAGAGAGUAUCGUCAGAAUAUCAAAGGACACACCAAUGAAACAUUGAAAAAAAUCGAGAAAACUGUGAAGGUAAGGAUAGAGUUAAAGCCUCCCAACCUUCAAAAUUUCCAGGAUUGCAUCUCAAGAGUUGCAUUGAAAAACGAAAAAGUUGCCAAAGUACAAGACGAAUUAUCAGCAAAACUCUACAAAAUGCUUAUUAUAAGAAGCGUCGAAUUUCCAACUUGUAACAAAAAACUGCGAGAAAUCACCAAAGACACGGAAUGUUAUGCAAAAACACAGAUGGGAUUUGAUGAAUGUGCUAAAUAUUUGGGUUUGGGUGGAUGUAUGAUUCCAUAUCAAAGACAAUAUUGUGGUGAUGAAUAUUUGAGAAAUCUUCAAGAAAUGGCCAUAUUUUGGAAUAAGAGUUUGCAUUAUUCAUGUAUGCAAGAGUUUUUGAAGCAAAAAUUUGAAUAA